UUAUUUUUUAUUGAUUAUUCUAAAUUGUAGUUUAUUCGAAAUUUGAAAUUCUAAAUUUGUAAUUUGUAAUUUGUAAUUCCAAGACAAGAAAAGUUGCCAGAAUGUCAACGACUUCGUGCUGGGCCUUUGAACCAAAAUCGAAUUGUUCAGCCAAUGAACUACUCGCUUGGCUAAAUGGCAUUGUAGGAGCUGACUUUGGAGAAGUUAGCGAAUUACGUACUGGUGCAGCCUAUUGCCAAGCUAUGCAUUAUCUUUUCCCAUACACAAUUGAUUUGAGAACGGUUGUAUUUUUUACUAAUGUGAAAAUGGAUUGUGUACAUAACUAUAAGUUGCUGCAAUCAGCAAUUGACUCUCUCAGAUUUGUUAUCAAGUCUAAGAUAAUACCGAUAUUGGAUAUUACUGAGUAUCGCUAUAUACCAAAUUUACAUUUUCUAAUUUGGUUUAAACAGUUUUAUGAUUCUCACUGUAAAAACUCAACUAGCACUCGUGAUCAUGUUGCAGAACGCUUCAAUCAAAAAAUUGGUUAUGGCACUCCAACCAAUGAAUCCGUACAAAAAUAUAUAGCGGUUGCCAAUACCAAACCACAAAGUAUCCAUAAGGCUGAAAUUAUUAAAAAGCUGCUUGAUAUAAAGGUUGGUUCAAAGAGCUCAGAGAAAGACCACAAGGAUGCUAUGCUACAGAGCGUGCUUGCUGAAAGGAAUUCAUAUAAGAAAAAAUUGAAUAAUAUUGAGGCAGUGUGCAAACAAUACUUGACUAAACAUCCGUUUGCUUACAAAAUGGUGAAAAUCCUACAGGAUGUUAAAAUACAAGAAAAGUCAUUUACUGCACAAGGAUCAUCAAAACCAAACGAAUUAUUGUAGUACUUAAUGUAAUUUUUUGCUUUAUAAAAAGUAAAUAGUACUUCGUCAUAUAUAUGGAAGCCAGAAACUCAAUAUCCAUCCGGUGUUCGCUGAUAUCAUUCCUUGGUAUUAAUCCACGAAGAAAGAGUAAUAAAUCUCAUAAGAUAAAA